UACUAUAUAUGUACUAUAAUUGGUGAUACAUAGCGUCCAUCUCAUGCUAGAUAUAGCUAGGAACAUUUUACAUAUAUAUCAUCAGAAUCUUUAGAGGAAAAAUGGAGAGAAUAGCUAUAUUUGUUCUUUUACUUGUUUCACUCCCCAUUCAGAAAAUCUAUACUGCCGAAAUCGAUAUCAUUUCGGAUUUACAGUUCUUGACAGAAAAAGAUACAUUGGUGUCGCCUGCCGGAACCUUUGAACUUGGCUUUUUCAAGCCGGGUAGCUCUGGGAAUAGCUACCUUGGCAUAUGGUACAAGAAAAUAUCUGUCAAAACAGUUGUUUGGGUUGCCAACAGAGAACACCCACUCACCAUCGCAUCAUCAGGCGUGUUAAAGAUUGUCCAUCCAGGAAGUCUUGUCCUCAUGAACAAUAGUACCAAUGGUAUAAUGUGGUCAUCCAACACAACAUCCUCAGGAAAUGCGACUGCAAAGCUUGAUGACAACGGAAACUUAGUCAUGACGGACGGAGACAACAUAAAGAUUCUCUGGCAGAGUUUUGAUUAUCCAACUGAUACACUUUUGCCUGAAAUGAAGUUCGGGAGGGACCUGUUGACGGGCAGGGAAUGGCGUCUAUCAUCAUGGAAAGGCAGUGAAGAUCCAGCUCCAGGUGAAUUUACCUACAGCAUUGACACACAUGGUUAUCCUCAGCACAUACUCAAACAAGGCGAAAAUAUGAUCAAGUUCCGGGCAGGACCAUGGAAUGGUAUUAGGUUUAGUGGGGGUUCGACGUUCGGCCCUAACAAGUUCUUUACAUACAAUAUGGUUAUUAAUGAAACAAUGGUAGCUUAUACUUAUAAUCUUAAAAACAUUUCUGUUGUAUCGAAGUUAACCUUGAUUUCUUCUGGGGAGCUACAACGUUUGGUGUGGGCAGAAGAUGCUAAAAAUUGGCAGUUUGUGGCUAGAUUACCAACAGAUAUGUGUGAUUCAUACAACAUUUGUGGUGCCUAUGGAAGCUGCCACACUGUGAAGACACAGAGAUGUUCGUGCUUAGAUGAGCCAAAAUUUGUGCCUAGAAACUCAAAGGGUUGGGAGGAUGCAGAUUGGUCUGGUGGCUGUAUGAGACGAACAUCAUUGGAUUGCGAAAAUGGAACAGAUGGGUUUAUAAGGUAUCCUAAUGUUAAAUGGCCGGAUACACACACUUCCUGGUUUAACAAGAGCAUGAACCUAAAGGAAUGCAAAGCAAUAUGCCAAAAGAAUUGCUCUUGUAUGGCUUAUUCAAAUACAAAUAUCACAGGGGAGGGAAGUGGCUGCUUGAUUUGGUUUGGUGACCUCUUAGACAUCAGAGUAAUCACCGAAGGCAACGCUGGUCAGGAUAUAUUUGUAAGAAUGGCUUCCUCUGAGUUAGUGUCCAAGAGAGGAAGAACAAACAUCAAAUUCAUCUUAUUAGCAGUCUUUCUGGGAGUUGUUCUUAUAGGCUUAAGCUCUACAUUAUUCUGGUAUGCAUGGAGAAAAAGGCAACAUGCAUCACCAUUGGGAGAAGGGGGAUCACUGCAUGUCUAUGAAUGGCAGGAAGAAGCAAUGGAGCUACCAUUGUUUAGCUUUCCUACAGUAGCACAAUCUACUGCUAGUUUUUCAACAGAUAAUAAACUUGGAGAGGGUGGAUUUGGACUUGUUUAUAAGGGUCUGCUAGAAGGGAAAGAAAUUGCAGUUAAGCGUCUCUCCACAACUUCCAGACAAGGACUCGAUGAAUUCAAGAAUGAAGUGAUUUGCAUUUCAAAACUUCAGCACCGGAAUCUUGUUAAGCUCCUUGGAUGUAGCAUAGAGGGAGACGAGAAAUUGUUGAUCUAUGAAUACUUGCCAAACAGAAGCCUAGACCUGUUCAUAUUCGAUAAAACACAAAGCACACUUCUUGAUUGGACAAAGCGAUUAAACAUCAUCAAAGGAAUUGCCCGAGGACUUCUUUAUCUGCAUCAAGAUUCACGACUAAGAAUCAUUCAUAGAGAUCUUAAAGCGAGCAAUAUUCUACUAGAUCUGGACAUGAACCCAAAGAUAUCAGACUUUGGCAUAGCAAGAAGCUUUGGAGGAAAUGAGACUCAAGCAAACACAGAGAGAGUUGUUGGUACAUAUGGUUACAUGUCUCCGGAGUAUGCAUUAGAUGGUCUUUUCUCAACGAAGUCAGAUGUGUUUAGCUUUGGCGUUUUGGUGCUUGAGAUUGUAAGUGGGAGUAGAAACUGGGGAUUCGUUCAUACUAACCAAGACAAUAACCUUAUUGGACAUGCAUGGAGAAUGUAUAAAGAAGGCAGGUCAAUGGAACUCAUUGAUUCAACUUUAGAUGAACCAGUAGAUCCAUCCCAAGUUUUAAGAUCAAUCGAAGUGGGGUUGUUAUGUGUUCAAGAAAGCGCAGAUGACAGGCCAGACAUGUCAUCAGUGGUUCAAAUGUUAGGCAGUGAGGGUGCAUUGCAGAAACCUAAGCAGCCAGCAUUUUUCACAGAAAGGAAAUUUCAUGGUGCUGACUUCUCUUCAAGCACUUAUCCAACAAGCUCAAACAAUGAUUUAACUGUUACAGAAGUAGUUGCUCGAUAACAAGCAUGUUCAUAACUCCGUAAUAUAUAAUUUUUCUUGGCGUCCGGGGGCGUAUAGUGAUGGUCAGCUGUGUAGGGUUGCUGGAAAACCGGAUGUGAGUAGAGAUGGCAAUGGGACGUGUAUCAGUAAUCCCAAUUCUAUACCCGAUAUAAACAUGUCUUAUACUCAUUGUGAUUUCUAAAUACUUUCUUACAA